GUCCCUUCCGGUAAUUGACACGACGGGGAGUCCUGGAGGGGGAGGGGAUAGAUUCCUUCCAUAAAUGGUCUCACCCCUGGGCAAAGUGGCUCACUUUGGCAGGUAGCAACAGGGGAGUGUGCACCUGCCACCAGUCAAGUUCAGCCAGAUUGUGAGACAAGGAGUGAGCGAACCAUGGACAAGCUGAAGUGCCUGAGCUUCAAGUGCAGAAGGAAAGAGAAAGUGACGGCUUCAUCUGAGAAUUUCCAUGUUGGUGAAAAUGAUGAGAAUCAGGACCGUGGUAACUGGUCCAAAAAAUCGGAUUAUCUUCUAUCUAUGAUUGGAUAUGCAGUGGGAUUGGGGAAUGUGUGGAGAUUCCCAUAUUUGACCUACAACAAUGGUGGAGGUGCCUUCUUGAUACCUUAUGCGAUUAUGCUAGCAUUGGCUGGUUUACCUUUGUUCUUCCUAGAGUGUUCACUGGGACAAUUUGCUAGCUUAGGCCCAGUUUCAGUUUGGAGAAUUCUUCCAUUAUUUCAAGGUGUGGGAAUUACAAUGGUCCUGAUAGCCAUUUUUGUGACGAUCUAUUACAAUGUCAUAAUUGCCUAUAGUCUUUACUACAUGUUUGCUUCUUUUCAAAGUGAACUACCAUGGAAAAAUUGUUCUUAUUGGGCAGAUACAAACUGUAGCAGAUCGCCUAUUGUAACUCACUGUAGUGUGAGUAUCAAUAUGACAGAGAUCUUCCAAGCAAAUAAGAGCUGGGUAGAUGCCAACAAUUUUACCUGCAUCGACGAAAGUCAAGUUUAUCAGCCAGGGCAGCUUCCCAGUGAACAAUAUUGGAAUAAAGUGGCGCUCCAGCGAUCAAGUGGAAUGGAUGAGACUGGAGUAAUUGUGUGGUAUUUAGCCCUUUGUCUUCUUCUGGCUUGGCUCAUAGUUGGAGCAGCACUAUAUAGAGGAAUCAAGUCUUCUGGCAAGGUGGUAUAUUUUACAGCUCUUUUCCCCUAUGUUGUCCUACUCAUCCUGUUAAUACGAGGUGCCACUCUGGAGGGUGCAUCCAAAGGAAUUUCAUACUAUAUUGGAGCACAGUCAAAUUUUACAAAACUUAGGGAAGCUGAGGUUUGGAAAGAUGCUGCCACUCAGAUAUUUUACUCCCUUUCAGUGGCUUGGGGUGGCUUAGUUGCUUUAUCAUCUUACAAUAAGUUCAAUAACAACUGCUUCUCAGAUGCCAUUAUAGUUUGUUUGACAAACUGCCUCACGAGUGUGUUUGCUGGAUUUGCUAUUUUCUCUAUCUUGGGACACAUGGCUCAUAUAUCUGGAAAGGAAGUCUCUCAGGUUGUAAAAUCAGGUUUCGAUUUGGCAUUCAUUGCUUAUCCAGAAGCUCUAGCCCAACUCCCAGGAGGGCCAUUUUGGUCCAUAUUAUUUUUCUUCAUGCUUUUGACUUUGGGUCUUGACUCUCAGUUUGCUUCCAUUGAAACGAUGACAACUACAAUUCAGGAUUUAUUUCCCAAAGUGAUGAAGAAAAUGAGGAUCCCCAUAACGCUGGGAUGCUGCUUGGUUUUGUUUCUCCUUGGUCUUGUGUGUGUCACUCAGGCUGGAAUUUACUGGGUUCAUCUGAUUGACCACUUCUGUGCUGGAUGGGGCAUUUUGAUUGCAGCUAUACUGGAACUAAUAGGAAUCAUCUGGAUUUACGGAGGGAACAGAUUCAUUGAAGAUAUAGAAAUGAUGAUUGGAGCAAAAAGAUGGAUUUUCUGGCUAUGGUGGAGAACUUGCUGGUUUGUCCUUACGCCUCUCCUUUUGAUGGCAAUUUUGAUCUGGUCACUAGUGAAAUUUCAUAGACCCUAUUAUGCUGAAAUUCCAUACCCUGACUGGAGUGUUGCUUUAGGCUGGUGUAUGAUUAUUUUCUGCAUUAUCUGGAUUCCAAUUAUAGCUAUCGUAAAAAUAAUUCAAGCUAAAGGAAACCUCUUUCAACGCAUUGUAAGCUCCUGCAGACCAGCUUCUAACUGGGGCCCAUACCUGGAGAGACAUCGUGGGGAGAGAUAUAAAGACAUGAUAGAUCCUGAAAAUAAGACUAACCAUGAAAUACCUACUAUUAGUGGCAGCAGACUACCAGAAUGAGAUCAAAUUUUAAAAAAUAUAUGGUUGCAUGAUGUGAUUAUUUUAGAAUAGAGGAAAAUAUUUAUUUGUAUGUUGAGUAGAAAAAUGUAUAUACUAUAUUCAUAAUAGAAUAAGCCUUUUUCCCAUUUAAGUAGGAAUGUAAUAUAAAAAUGUAAAUCUAAUGUGUAGCAAUGUGAUUAUUAUAUUUCUUUUUAGAAUAUUUAUCUGUAUAACACACAUAGCUGUCUCUACAUCACAAUAACAUUUUUGUAAAUAUCACCAUAAUAUUUUUCUAAUAUAUUGAAGGCUUUAGUUUGAGCUGAUUUAGAAAACAGUUAUAUUUUGUAUUAUACAAGUUUUAAAUAUUUGCUUAUAUUUUCACAGUGUGCAAUCAUUUUUUUUCCAUAGAGCUGGGGAAAAUAAAUCAGUAUAUUUUUAAAAAGUGUUAAAAUUGAAGGCCUCACUUGAUUAGAAAUACCAUACAUAUAUGGAAAAAAUGGGCUAUCUAUGUAAUAUGAAGACUAUAGUUUAACAUUUUUGAUCCAAAUAUGUCUGAAAGCGUCACGUGUUUAUGGCUCACUUUUUCUAUGUGAACUUAGUGGUUAUGUCCUUCAUUUACAAAUAGUGAAAAAAGAAAGAAAAUAAAGAUCCUAUGGGCGGUAAGUGAUAAAUCUAGAAAACUGAA